AUGGGGAAAUUAAGAAUUGUGACUGUUUUGAUACUUUUGCUGAUAGUUAGUCGGGUUGUGUCAAGAGAACUGAGAGGAAAUUAUGGAGGGAGUAGUUCAGGAAGAAGCUAUUCUAGUAGUUCGAGUUCAAGUUCUAACUCUAAUAGUAACUCUAGCUAUGGAUCAUCCAGAUAUAACAAGCAUGGAGGAGGUAAAUGAAAUGGAAGUACAAAAGACUGAGUCAUUAUUCCUCUUGCAAUUGCUGUAUCAAUUGUUGGGUUUAUCAUAACUGUUAUUAUUUGAUGGUGAGCAUGGGAUAAUUGGUCUGGUAUAAAAAGAUGUCUUCUCUGUUGUUGAUGUAAUCUAAAAUUAAAAAAUUGAUGAAAGUGUAAAUGAAAACGAAGGAAAAAUAAAAUCAAAAUUAAUUCUGAGGAAAAUCCAAAAGGUCAAGACCAGCUUCCUAGAAUGCUCAAACCUGAUCAAGAAGCAUCAAAAAGGGACUCCCAGUCUCGUCCUAUAGUUUCACCUCAGCCUCCACCAUCUAUAACUUUAGCACCUUCUCAAUCUGCUCAGUCUCAGAAAAUUCAGAAAUCUAGCACAGAAAUUCCUUCGUUCAAAAACACAAUUUACUCAGGAAAUAAGAUCUCCAACUGAAAGCCAUCGAAUUCAAACCUGAGUAGUAGUACAGUUCAGGAGCAAGAUGUUUGUCUUCAAUUAACAGGCAUUGAAAACAGCACAGUUCCUCCUACAAGUAACCCUUCUCGCCCACAAAGCAUGCACUCAGCCGAAAUGCAAGUCUAGCACCUAAAAACACAAAUCCAUAACUUAAUUCAAUCAUCUGACA